GUGGGGUGUGUUGAUUACAGUUAAGUCCUUCUCACACUUCUCCGGACCAGGGUGAUGCUGCACAUACAACGGAAGGAAGACAAACUAAAACGCAUAUUGGAUUUGUGUCAAUGGAUGAACAAGGCGAUUCAAUUCUAAAGAUGGCUGAAUCAGAAGAGAUCGUAAUGACGGCUGCCAAGAGAGAUGGGAAAGCUAUCAUGAGACUAGAACGGACAUUCACGAGUGAGAUUGACCAUAGUAAAGUCCAUCACGUAGCUGGAGGACCUUACAAAGGCAUUCUUAUCAACAAAACGUCGGCAGGUCUAGUAGACGUAGGACCAGCUGAGGGCAGGUUGGAGUUCCUAGCUUACCUUGUUAACGAAGGCAAACACAAUGAGUGUCUACAGGAUCACUGGACACUUAAGUUCUGGUUCCGUGGUACGGAAGACGGAUUGGUGAAGAAAAAUACCUAUACUGACUAUUUCCAGGAACUCAUGGACCCAGCGGACUUUCCAAAAGAUUACGUAUGUUUCAUCAAGAAAGCACUUGUACUGUUGAGGGGAUACUCCGUUAUUAAGAGAGUAGAGCUUCAAGCUCAACAGACAAAUUGCCCUUCUCCCGAAGAUGUCAUUCCCCCCAUACGAAGUUUUACCACAGUGUUUACCCCAGCAACGAACUCCUUCCGCUUCAUACCGGAAGUGUGCAUCAAAAAGAAAUCUUUCAUAACUUUCAAAGUUAAGGCGGCAUGCGAUGUACGUGUUGCAUUGUCCUCAAUUUAUGGUGACGUAAACCGCAAAGCUCACGAAAUUGUAAUCGGUGCUGAGGGAAACACCAAAUCAUGCAUCAGGGAAUGUACCAAUGGCACUGUCCGGACAGAAAGCAUGACGAUGAAUAUACUCAGUAACGAGAACUUCCGGUACUUCUGGAUAAAUUGGGCAAAUCACCAUUUAGAGGUAGGGCGUGGUGCUCAAUAUGGAUAUGGAAGGUUCCUUCAUUUGCACGUGCUCCCUAAGCGUCAGUUCAAGGUCAAUUGCCUCGCUGUUGCUACCAGCAAAUCAACUACGGGACAUUGGGAAUUUGCUGAACUUUUAGCUGAUCACAAAGAAGAAGACCCGGAAGUCGAAGUUGGCAGAAUCGCUAAAAGGAAACGGAUCAGGGAUCAGUAUAUGUGGCUCUCAAGGAAAUACCGGAUGUUGCAUUUUCUUGAGGACGCUUUUCCAAACGUCGUCAAAGUGGAAGAUCUUGUCAGCAAGUGUAAGAUGAAAGUUUCUGACCUCUUCGUCAUUGCUGUUGUGCUGGCGGAACUUCAGGAACGUGGUCUAGUUAAAGAGGUGAUUGAAGGACACUGGAUGCGAAAUCACGGAGGAGGAGCCACACAAACAGAGGACGAGGUAAAACUUGUGAAGGUAAUGCCGGUGCUCAGUUCGAGAGACCAGCCGACCAUCGCCAUCGUCACAACCCUGUUCUGUGAAAAACUCGCUGUGGACGCCAUGAUUGAAGACAAGACCACAUUCGUCAAGUGUAAAACGGAAGGUGAAUCACAGGUGUACACAACCGGACGGAUCGGUAAACAUCGGGUGGUAUCCACGAAGCUUCCCCGUACUCCAGGAGAUGUCGAGGCCUCAAACAUAGCAGCCGGAAACUCUGUCACUCGCCUCCUGGGAACCUUUAGUAAAGUAGAACAUGUGUUCCUGGUUGGAGUUGGAGGUGGAGUAUCGAAACAGCACGACCCUGAUGACCCCGUGACGUCAGAUGACCAUGUGACCUUGGGUGACGUAGUUGUUUCCAUGCCUUCUAAUGGAACCAAUGCUAUGUACACAAAAUGUUUCAUAAGAGAAAAUAUUGGGGAAGAGAGUCUCGGAUAUUCGUCAAGAACUUGGCACAGUCAUGAUGAAACUCUCCGACGAAUCGUUAAGAAAAUGAAAGAAAAGAGUGUGGAAGAUAUGAAACAUCUGGACCAGCUUAUUAAAAGUGCAUUAGUACAACUGAGUGUUACCGAUUCUAAAUUCCAAAAGCCAUCCAUUGUGCCUAAUACAUCAGGCGAGUCAUCUCCGGAAGAUUUGUCGGAAAGGGGGACAACUGUCGUGUGUGGAGCGAUAGCAAGUAUUAGCUGUUUCGACGAUGACGAAAGUUUAAAAAUGUCGUUCGCAAAAUCAAACGAAAUCAAAGCAUUUGAUAAGGAUUUUGAAGCGGUGUUAGAAUCCUUGGAGGGAAACAGGAACGAAAGCUAUCUGAUGAUACGUGGGAUCGCAGAUUUUCAAUAUGGCGGCCGGAAGGAGUGGCAGCCGUACGCGUCGCUGGUGGCAGCUGCUUGUAUGAAAACAAUAAUAUCAGUCUUGAAAUAAAGAACUGCUAAAUAACUGCUAUACCGUGCCAAUGGUGCUUUAGAAUACUUGGUGCUACAAAUUACGUGUACCUAACUAGUAAUAUCAAUUUUUUAAACCGCUGUUUAAUAUUGUGUCAAAGCCUUGCAAGAAACGAAACGCAUCUCCCGAAACACAUUGUACUUCGUAUGAACCUGGACGGUAAAAAAACAGUUUCUCAAUUCUUGUUCAGGGGACAUACAUACCUGUGGCAGGUAAAUAUACCUACCUGGAAGGUCUUAUAUUGAAACUUAUAAAGUAGCUAUAAGAGCUACACUCAAUCAUUGUUGCUGAUAUUUGUUUACAUUUUCAGUGCCUUAUCUAAUAUUCACAAAGUUGCUGAUAAUUUUGAGUGUAAACAGUUUGUAUAUUUCCUCGCAUUAUAGUAAUGUUCUGUACAGAUGUUAAUGUACAAUAGUACAAACUGUGUCUUAUCUUUGAUACCUAUAUCUGUAGCAAUUUAUUAAUCCGUCUCUAUGUUUCUGUUCUAUUUGAUGUGAUAUAAUGUUUUGGUACAUGUACAUUAACUUUUUUUUAUCACGUCUAUUCGUCCGUAACUCGUAAACAAUGUUUGUGUUUUGUAUUCGUAUGUAAUUUCCUCUUGUAAUUUUCUUUUUGUCUGUUUCGGCUGUUAAGUAUCCACGCUUCAGUGAUAACGAUGUAUCUUUUAAUUGUUCCAUUUUGAUAAACCUCUACGGUAUGUUUGUAAAGCCAACGAUACAUAGAUAAAAGAUAUUUUCAUACUGAAA